AUGGUCAUCAUUGGCAGAUACCAGGAAUCUGUCGAUAUAAUGGAGAAAGAAGGUAGUCUACUAGCCGACCGUCCUCGUGCAGUUGCGGCAGGAGAGAUAUUGUCGCGCGGGCUGCAUUUGAUCCUUGCACCCGCAGGAGAGCAGUUCCACAGACUUCGCAGAGCGGCUCAUACUCACCUUCAAGCGAAAGCUGCAGAAUCCUAUGUGCCAAUCCAGAUGAAUGCUGCCCGUAAUGUCAUCCUCGAUAUCCUUAAUAACCCUAAAGGACACCAAGCAGCUGCGAAUCGGUAUGUUGCACUCAAUGUGUUGUUUUAUGAUCACUUAUGCAUUCAACUCAAGCUACACCGCCUCCAGUCAUCUUGCGUGUCACGUAUGGCAAGUCGACCCCCCGAGAUCAUCGUCAUCCAGAAAAUGCUCAAGCGCUUCCAGAUGCUCAUGCGACCUGGUGCAUUACUGGUAGAGCGCUACCCGAUAUUAAAAUACGUUCCGGGAUAUGGAACCGAGUUGGAGCAGUGGAGAAGGGAAGAGAGUCAGCUCUUCCAUGACCAGCUUGAUCGUGUUUUGAGAGAAUUGGUUGGCGACCAGCAAGCUGGUCCCUCGUUUGCUCGCUAUCUUCUUGAGAACCAGUCUUCGCACAAGCUCUCGGACGAAGAAAUGGCUUAUCUUGCUGGGUCGCUCUUUGGCGUCGGUUCGGACACGACUGCUGUUGCGAUUAUGGUUGUCGUCAUGGCUUCUGCAUGCUAUCCCAAGGCUCAGGAGAAAGUGCAAGAAGAACUGGACGUCGUCAUUAGUCGUGACAGAGCUCCCACAUUCGACGACUACAACUCCCUCCCGCAGAUUGAAGCGUUCAUGCUGGAGUGUCUUCGCUGGAGACCCAUGACGACUCUCGGAUUCACACACCGUGCGCUGACUGAUAUCCCAUACAUACGUUUUUCAAAGAAUACGUGUAUCCCAGAAGGUGCUAUCGUCUUUGGCAACCACUGGGCAAUCUCCCGUGACCCAAGCGUCUACCCCAACCCUGACCAGUUCGAUCCUCAGAGGUGGCUCAACACCGACGGCAAAAUCCGGGACGACCUCAAGUUCCCUUCAUUCGGUUUUGGACGCAGAAUCUGCCCAGGACAACAUAUAGCAAACCGCUCGAUCUUCAUUAACGCUGCGCUCCUCUUGUGGUCUUUCAAGAUCACGCAGGACCCUGAGAACCCAAUUGAUGAGUCGGGUUUUGUGGAUGGUGUUAUUGUGCAUCCUAAGCCGUUUGCUGCGUGUUUUGAACCGAGGUUUGGGAAUGAGGCGGCAUUGAGGGGGGUGAUGGGGAAGUAUGGCGAGGGAUUGUAG